CUUUGUUCUUUCUCGUUUCGCUCCGCUAGUCACAUACCAUAACUGUCUGCCCGGGAUCUUGUGGAGCGAGCCACACACGCAUGACCAGGUCUCCGCCUUCUGAGCCCCUCCGCCUGUCCCGCAGUAAUACUAUAUCCGUAUUUGCCCUCCCAGGUUCAUAUCCGCAGUCACGUCGGACGAUUGUUUCCUCGUUCCAAAUCUAUCGAUUGCACCUGAGAUCCACCAUGGUCGAGGUCGACUGACCGCUCUGUCACUCCUUCCAUUCUUAUUCGGAUCGACUUCCUGACCACCGGCACUUGCCUCUGUCGAUCUACUUGGUCAACCUCGCCGCCUGUCAUUCAACUUUGUUCUGACCUUGCUGUCGUAACUCUACGUCAGUGCCUAAUAUCAACCGACCUUAUCACUAUCCACGAAGGAUCAGUCCCACAUUCACAUCAGCACCAUGGACGAGACAAAGCUUUACAUCAUCCUCGGUGCCGUCUUGGGCACUCUAGUCCUCGCAGGAGUUUCAGUUGCAGUACUCUUUUGCUGGAAGCGUAAUAAGAGAAGGGUGCGAGGCUUCUCCCUCCGUGCUGUUACACCGUUGGACGACUCCGUCUUCGAGUCAUGGCGGCGGCCCAGUGAACAUGCACAACGAAAUGAGAAGUACGGCAUCCGGCCAAUGCACUCAGCAGUCAUACGCCAUGAGACGUCGCCUACCAUGUUCGAGAAAGAACUGGAUCUGUAUGAUCACCCUCGAUCACCGUCACCAGAUGACAUUUCACCUCCUCUUCAAUCACCAAGAGACUCGAUACGCAAGCCAGAGCGAGCACGGAGAAAGUCAAGCGUUGCUUCCACUAUCGCCGACCGACCACCAACACCCUACUCGCCCACUUCUACCAACAGCGACUUCCUUGUUGGUUCAUAUGGCUCUCGCAAAUCGCAGCCAUUGAUUCGUCACCAACCUUCGAUGUCAGAAGCAUCGGCUUUCAGGUUCGAAUUCGAAUCAAAUCACGAGGCCCACCAGAAGAGACCCGAACACUGGGUUUGAAUAAUUGCCCCAUUCUUGAGGGCUACCAUGUGGAACCCUUAGCACGAGCAACUAUCGGAAGAAGCACCAAUAUGAACUGGACGGUCGUUCCCUGCAAGACAACUUGACACUUCGAAGUCGCACAAAGACUGUCAGCCCUCUAUCAUCGAUCACGUCGGUCCCUGCUGUACAACCGUAUAACCUACCACCAGCCAGCGUGCCCUCCUGUCAUCACUU